AUGGUGGUCGAGUUUGACGGCAGCAUCAGCGGCAGGUCCACGCUGCCCGCACAACAGCGCAUCAGGCUCACGGCCCUGAUCAAGCUCUACUGCGGCCUCGUGGGCCUUCUCAAGCUCAAACUCGAGGGCGAGGAGAUGAACGCCAUUCUGUCGCUCCUCACCAAGGUCAAGGACGAGCGCGGUGGUGGUCUGCUUGUCGUCGCUGCUCAAGAGCGGUCACUGCUUGGAGAUGCUCUCGCUGCUUGCCAUCCACUUCCACACCAAUCAAUAUCCUCGGCCAUCGAAUUGAUCCGCGAGACGCUCGGACUCACCGUCGCCAUCCACAGCGAGAGUCUGAAUCAGAUCGCAGCGGUGUUCACUGAAGACCUAUUUACCGAGGAAGUUGUGGCCAAGGAGGCUGUGGCCCUCGCGGUUCGGCCCAAGCUGUCGGACAAGGACACGAAGUCAUUCGCGGUGAUGUGCGUCUACCACCUGCUGAAGAACAAGAUCUUCAGCAAGCACCGCGUCGACGUGGGCGAGUGGGUGUGGAGCCAGAUCACGCAAGCCGACGAGCCUAUCCACUACCUACUCCCCGCUCUUAUAGAAGAGUGGGUCAAGAGCAUUCUGGCGCCCACAACGUCGUUCUGCAUGAAGCGACCACUCGAAGAGCAGAUCGUCGCCGUGUUUAGCGCGUCGGCGGCGGCGACCAAGCGAAAGCGAAAAGAGAAGGAGGCCUCAUCGCCGGCGGCUGCUGCCCAGCUGGGCACGCCCGUCGACGAGCUGACGUCCCAGGAAAGGGCCUCGCAGGUGCUGGCCCUCUACUUUGCGCUCUACUACAACGAAGAGGUCCUGCGGCAGAGCAUCGACGACCGGAGCCGCAGCGGCCAGCGGGCCGUGUUCUCGCCCGGCAAGGCGGGCAAGGGCAACACCGUGCGAGCCUAUUCCGGCGAGUUGAUGGAGUCGCUGCCGGUCAAGGCGCUGCUCAGUCACGCUCGCGAGCGGUCAGCCGACACCUACAGCAACAUCUACCCGCCGCUGCUCAACCUCGUUAUCUCGCAGUUCCCGGGGCUUCUCACCGUCGUCAACAUGCUCAACGAGGAGGAACAGAAGAGCAGUACGAUCAAGGAAUUCCUCACCAUUCCGCACUUCAACUUUGUCGACGCCAACAUGCGACCAACGGACGACGAGUCCUCGUCGCCGCUGGCCCAGGAGAAGCCCGUGGCCCCCGAGCACGCGGUCGUCAAGUCGGCCUUUGAGAGCGUCCUCACCGCUCCCAUCCAGACCCUAUUCAGUACUGAAUACCCACUGAACCGGCUCUCGGCCUCGGCGCUGCAGGCCUACACCGACCUUCUCAUCUUCACCCUGCUCCCGCGCCUCCUCGAGGACGACGUCCAGCAUCGCGUCAGAGUGCGGUUUGUCGAGCUGUGGGAAUUGUUACACACGCUGACGCCCUUCGAGUCGGCGCUGAAGAGCAUCAACGCCAUCUCGCCGCCGUCUGCGAUGACGACCGCGAUGGACUUUCCCUCGGCCUCGGCGCACAAGAGCGAGCAGCGCGGUGUGAGCCACUACAGCCACAUGGACGUUGUCAUGGACCCGCUCCUGGUCUUCCGAUGCGACCCGCGACUCUUCCGCAUUCCGCCCCUCUUCAAAAUGCUUCUUCAGAUUUUGGAUACCUACCUGACCGAAUCGCACAAGUACAUCAACACGUUGCUCUCGGUCGAGCCUGUCACGGGCAACGCUGACAAGGGAGCGCGACACGAGGAGCUGGUGACUCUCCUCCACGCCCAGGACACCGCCGUCGUCCAACUCCUCCUCGAAGUCUGCAUCGACCGAGACAAUUCGCCCAUAAAAGGUCCGAUGGAGGAAGUGCGGAUCCAGAGCUGCACGUUCAUCCAUCAGAUGUUCUGCGAGACGCCGCAGUUGAUGAAGCUGGUUCACCUGCAGGGCUACCCCGACGAGCUCCUCCCCGUCACCGUCUACGGCAUUCCCUCCAUCCACGUGGCCCUCGAGUUCCUGCCCGAGCUGCUCAACCAACCCCAGCCCGAGCGUCUGGUCUUCGCCAUCAAGCUCGCCGGCUUCCUCAUCGAAAAAUACACUCUCCCCAAAUGUAUCGACCUGGCGCGGAUGGUGCUGCAGAAGAUUCACUCGACGACGGUGGCCAGCGAUGACCCGCGCACCUUCCUCAUGGAGACGCUGCCUUCCCUGGCCAAGAUCGCCACCACCUUCCCGGCGCAACUCGCCGAAGACACCGUCAGCCUUCUCCAAGGACGUUCGGCGGCGGUGGGCGGGGUGGCGGUCGCGCACCCGCAGCUGCACGCCCAGAUCCAGGCCACCUUCGCCGCUCUCGCCGCGCGCGCCAUCGACCCCAUGGCCUGA